AAAGCAGUAGUACUAAAGCACCCAGAAAACAAAACAUGUAUCAUCAAAACCUUAUCACCAUUUGGUUUCUUGUGAUUAUUUUCUCAUUCCAAUGUGCCAUAACAUUGGCCUCAGAUCCUGACCCUGUUCAGGAUUACUGCAUACCAAAUCCCAAAUUUGGUUCCAUAAAAACCAUAUCUCACCUUCUCAUACUUCCCUGCAAAAACUCAACCGAGGCCACCACUGAUGACUUUGUAUUCUCCGGCAUGAAGUUGUCUGGAAACUUCACCGACACAGGCCUUGCAACGAUCUCUGUCAACCCUACCAUCUUCCCGGGGCUUAACACACUAGGCAUGUCAUUUGCAAGAGCUGACCUCAAAGUUAGUGGGAUAAAUCCACCACAUUUUCACCCUAGAGCCACAGAGAUUGUCUACAUAGUUCAAGGGAGUGUUUAUUCAGGUUUUGUUGAUUCAACUAAUCGGGUUUUCGCAAGAGUCAUAGAGCAAGGAGAGGUUAUGGUGUAUCCCAGGGGCCUUGUACACUUUCAAAUGAACGUUGGCAAAAAACCUGCCACCAUUUUUGGAAGUUUCAACAGCCAAAGUCCAGGUUUGCAGAAAAUCCCAGCUGCAGUUUUCGGGUCUGGGAUCAAUGAAGAGCUCUUGGAGAAGGCUUUUGGAUUGAGUCCUAAACAGAUUGGAAAGAUGAGAAGAAAGUUUAAUCCCGAAAUGUCAAAUUAAAAUGUAGACCAGCUUAAGGUUUGAUCCCUUAUUUGUUUCAUUUUGUUGGGUUUUUUUUCUAUUAAAUCUUAAAGAAAUACAGUUAUUAAUAUAUAUAUAUAUAUAUAUUAAGAGUUGAAUAUCA